AUGUCCAACCCCUUCCUGAAGCAGGUCUUCAACAAGGACAAGACCUUCCGGCCCAAGCGCAAGUUCGAGCCAGGCACCCAACGCUUUGAGCUGCACAAGAAGGCGCAGGCCUCGCUGAACGCAGGGUUGGACCUGAAGCUGGCCGUGCAGCUGCCCGCUGGCGAGGAGCUCAACGACUGGGUGGCCGUGCAUGUGGUGGACUUCUUCAACCGCGUCAACCUCAUCUACGGCACCAUCAGUGACGGCUGCACCGAGCGCUCCUGCCCCAUCAUGUCAGGUGGCCCCAAGUACGAGUACCGUUGGCAGGAUGAGCACAAGUUCCGGCGGCCCACGGCACUGUCGGCCCCCCGCUACAUGGACCUGCUCAUGGACUGGAUCGAGGUGCAGAUCAACAAUGAGGACGUCUUCCCCACCAACGUUGGCACGCCGUUCCCCAAGAACUUCCUGCAGGUGGUGAAGAAGAUCCUGUCCCGGCUCUUCCGCGUGUUCGUGCAUGUGUACAUCCACCACUUCGACCGCAUUGCGCAGCUAGGUUCAGAGGCUCACGUCAACACCUGCUACAAGCACUUCUACUACUUUGUCACCGAGUUCGGCCUCAUCGACACCAAGGAGCUGGAGCCACUGAAAGAAAUGACUGCACGGAUGUGCCACUGA